ACGCGACAUUAUUAACUGGCUGCAGUGAUUUCAGGUCUCUUUUACCGCACUGGAAGGGAAGCUAACCUGUACACUGCUUGUUCUCUGAUCAGCAAGGCAAUGAGAUAAUAUAAUCCAUACUUAUUCUCUCAAUGGAAACACAGGCACACGCGACUAUGGCAAAUGGCGAGACCCAAGAGGAGAGAACCAAAGAGUCGGUCGAGGAGAACAGAGAAAUGGAGAAACUAUUCCUUAAAGAUCUCUACAUUUUCAUGAAGAAAAGAGAUACGCCCAUCGAGAGAAUCCCAAAUCUGGGCUUUAAACAAAUUAAUUUAUAUGUGAUGUUCAAGACGGUCAGAGAACUGGGUGGCUACCACCAGGUGACAGCUCAGCAGCUGUGGAAGCAAGUGUACAACAUGCUCGGAGGAAACCCUCGAAGCACAAGUGCAGCCACCUGCACCCGCAAACACUAUGAGAAGCUACUCCUGCCAUACGAAUGCCACGUAAAAGGCAUAUCAAUGAAUAUCUUGCCUCAUCAUCAGCCGAAGCACUUCCCAUUUACCAGCUUCAGCAAUGAUGAUGAUGAUGGCCAGAGACCGGCUAAACGCAAACUGUUAUCAAUACCUCUGCGCCAGAACCCACAUAUCCCCCAGUCAGACCAUCAUGUGAGAACCUUUCAUCUGUCGUUCCCCUACACUCAUGUCUAUCAACCAAGGCACACAGUUAUGCCCCCCUAUGUCCCUAUCUCGUCCUCAGUGUUGACACCCCUUGCCUCUCAGCCCCGGUUUUCUUUUGAGCCUUAUAAUAUAAACGGAACAGAGAGGGUUAAGGAGCCACUGGAACGCUUGCGCUCCCUGGCAGAACGGUACAAGACCUCAUCUGGAUUGACGGAGCCUCUAAACCUCAGCGUUAAAGCAUCAAAUCGGGAAACCAACAGCAACCCUGCCUCAUCGUUUGCCCCACCUUCAUCCAACAAGAGCCCAAAGUUUUUGAAUAAACCCUCCCCUUUGUACACUCCUCAGUGCCAACAAAGGUGUGAGAUACAAGAUGGUGAGGCAGGUUCAGGAGACACAGCACAUUCAUAUCAUGUGAAAGCUAGGGAGACAUACGCCGUUGAUGUCAAAGCUACGACAGCCUCAAGCAGCCCCACACAUGGCCCCACACUUAGAACAGACGAAGGCCCCACCACAACAGUCCAAAACCCUAGCUCUCCAAAAACAGACUUCACAAUUCAACCAAAAGAAGGAAGAAAGGGGAGUCCAGAAGUAAAGGAGCCUAAUCUCAGUCAUAUUCUGCCCAGCCUCCCUCGAGAGAAUGGAGGCGAUGUGGAAAUUGAAAUACCUCUGUCUGUGUUCCAUAACUGGCUCCGGCUGUGCAGAUCUUCAUCCAUGAUGCAUGGAGAUAAGCAACUUCCUACUCUUCCUACUCUGGAAGAACAGUCUGGACAGAAGUAUUGUCACAAUACAGAUGUCCUCCCAACUGACCUCAGAUGUCGCAUUAAUCCCAAAAGCCAGAGCUCAGUCCCCGAGGAUCUACGGCUGAGGCAGAGCCCGACACCAGCCAUCCAGACAACUGGUAAUCACCACAAUACAAGCCAAAAUCCUUUUACCAGAUACAGUUCUUUACCUUCCAGUGGCAUUCUGAAAAAUGCAGCCAGCCAGGAUGUCUAUCCUUUUGAUCAGCAGGAUAUUAAUAAGUCAUACAUCUCCAAACCCCCAAACUGCAGGGAUGCAUAUGACCAAGAGACCCAGGGUCCCCUCAUCCAAGUGAAAAUGGACUAUAAUCCCCUCACAGUUCAGCAAAAGUUUGCAUCGUAUAAGUCCUAUAAUGAAGACCUAGUUCAGGCAGGGAAGUCACAGAUGGGUCCCUCAGCUGUGCUAAUGAUGGAUCCCAGCUCCACUUCUCUGUUGCAGCUCACCACUGAAGAGGUGAUGAAGCUGAAGAAAAUCAUCUCGAGCUCAACGUAAAGAUCAGUUCAAAUCAUUACACAGACACUCCAACACCACAUUGAAGCUGACUCACAUGCCACUGCUCUUUCAUAUAUUGUAUCUUAUUAAAGUUUUACACUGUGUAUAUAUUUAAAUAUAUUUGUAAAAAGUGUGACAUUAACAACAAUCAUAAUUUUAUCAAUAAUUAAUUCACAGGAACACAGCUUGAUUGAAGGAGAAUGUGCUCUGUUUUUAUGGUUCCUUAUGCUAUUUUUUAUGUUUUUUCUGUGCAGUAAUAUUAUUUGUAUUAUACAUUUAAUACCUUUAACCUAAUUAUAAUGUAAAUCUAAAUAAAU